GAGGAAAGGAAAGGAAAGGAAAGGCUAGUCGACGCAAGCCAAACGCGGAGUCGCCGAGGAGGACAAAGCAGAGGGGAGAGAGGAGAGGAGGAGCUGCGCGCGUGGAGGGAAGGAUGAGGCGGGCGAGGCCGCCGCCAGCGCCGGAGGGGGCUGAGGUGAAGUACCGCGGGGUGAGGCGCCGGCCGUCGGGGCGGUACGCGGCCGAGAUCCGGGACCCGGCCAGGAAGACCCCGAUCUGGCUCGGCACCUUCGACUCCGGCGAGGCCGCCGCGCGCGCCUACGACGCCGCCGCCAGGUCCCUCCGCGGCGCCGCCGCGCGGACCAACUUCCCCUCCUCUGCCUCCGCCCGGCCGGUGGCAGCGCCGUCACCUGUUUUGCCUCACGCGGCUGCAGCGGCGGCGGCGACCUCUAGCCACAGCAGUACCGUGGAGUCCUGGAGCGGCGGCGGUGCACCGGGCCCUGCCGCCGCCACGGCUGGGCUCAUCCGGGCCGCCCCGACCGCCGAGGAGGACAGCCGCAGCUACUGCGGCUCUUCCUCAUCCGUUCUGUGCGAGGACGGCGCGUCGGGCGCCGGCGAUGAGGCCGCCGCGCCGCCGCGCUGCUCGCAGCUGCCGUUCGAUCUGAACCUGCCGGACCCGGCCGCGGAGGCGGCCGACGAGAUGGACUGGCACUGUGACACGCUGCUCCGCCUCUAGCCUCCGCGAACCAACCACAACCUACAGCGAGCGCUGCCCAUCUGGUACCGGAUUGCGCUCGCUUCAUGUUCUCGGGCUGAAUCCUGUGGUGCAAUGCUUGCUGCCAAGUUAUAUCGAUGGAAAUUGAUAAAAUUAUCCCCCUUUUUUGGGUCUCUUUUACCACUCAAGAUUCAGUAAUACUAUGUGAUAAUGUGGAUAACUUAUCAUGUAAUCCGUGGAGGAAAAUCUGUUCCCACAAUCUUGUGUAUCUCUAUUGUAUGAUGUAUGUAUCCUCGGCUUUCUUGCUGUAAUUCAGAAAGCAAUGGAAGGAAGAGAAAUUUACAGAUACCUUGUUCUGCUGAA